CUGAUUGGCAUACACCUCCAGUAAGAGGCGUAUCGCUAACAUGGCUGGUGACGCCACAUCAUCAUCUCAGAAGUUGUCUUUGACGGAUUCCCCCGCAAACCUUAAGGAGGCCAUUGACUGGGUCCUGAGGGUAACUGGUAAGGAUGGUAAAUCGCUGAAUGAUGAUGACUGUAUUUGCGGCCUUGCAGCCGCAGUAUGUGACCUUCUGGACGGAGUCGACAUGAGUCAUCUGGGUGACCUAGCGGUUGGAGGCAAUUUGAAUAUCGCCAGCUUACUCUCUACCGUCCAAGGGAUCCGUGGGACGAAGACUGUAAGAAACCUGAUAGAGGGAUUGGGAAAAGGAUUGGCUAAGUUUAUAGGUUGGAAUGAGAGUGCCCACACAAAUGGAGGUACAAGCGUAGAUGGAUCUGGUAUAGGCCAACAGAAUUCAUCGGCUGAAAAGACUGGUUAUAGUUCUGCCUAUAACAACAAGAACAAUACUAACUGUACCUGGUCCAAGUUGAAGGGUGGUACUCCAGAUCGGGGAAAAUGUGCCAGGAUAUUCAUGGGUUGCAUACCACUUUUGUUCAAUGGUCUCGCAUAUUUAUUUUGGUUAUGUCAUGGAGAUGGUAAAAGGUGGAACGGUAUGACUAUUGAUGGUAGCAGUUUCCUGUUUUUGGGAUAUGUAAUGACGUGUCUCGGCUAUGAUACAAAACAACUUACAAAAACAUCGGGAUCAGAUGUGGUAGUAAAGUGUCUUACAAUAUUUGAUGAUUGCAAAUCAAAGGUCGGUGCAAGCUAUGGCGAAUUCCUUCAAAUAGUCUAUGAGAAAAGUCGAUCGGAAAUUGCAACUAUUAAUAACGGCCAGGAUCAGAAUCUUAAUACCGACCAUCACCUCACCAUUCUUCAUAUCCUCUCCACUGGUUAUUUCCGGAGCGUACAACGGAGCAUACAGGAAAAUGCAGCAACACAAACUCAACAAACGUCCAGCGCACCGAAGGAACCUAGAGAGCCCAGGACUAUCCGUGAAAUCCUCUACUGGUUAAGUGCAUUGCCCUAUAGUCCUAUAUACCAAGAGCUAAUCCAAAAGAUGACGGAGAUGAUCAAGAGGAACAGUGGUGAAGAUAGUUCAAUGAAAUUCAUCGGGGAUGGGGACAAUAGCUUCACCAUUGACAAGGAAUCUAUAGUAUUCUAUCUAAUGGCCGGAUGUAUAUAUACUCCGAUGGUAAUACUGUCUUUGGAGGGAAGCUUCUCUAGCGAUGCUACAGGAUCGGCUUCUCCACAAGGGACAAGUGCUUCCACUCCCAUUCACGAUCUCUAUGCUAAUGAAUGCUUCAAAUUUGGCUUUCCUAGCAGGGCAACCGCCGCCUAUUCAUUGUUGAGCGACUGCGUCAUGGCACUGUUUUACCAGUUGUAUUUUUUGAAAGAACAUUGCAUAGGUCUGCCGUGGAGGGCCCAUGGCUGGGGAGAUUGUAGAUUUGGUUAUGAAGCGAAUUAUGCAGAAGUUAGAAGCUGGAUUUGUGUAGCCGAUGAUCUGUUUUUAUAUGGAAACAAUGAGAAAAUAGAAGGUCGCAGAAUUGCAGAGCAUAGAAAAAAACAUAUGGAAAAAUGUGGCAAACAACGUACUUCCGGUGGAUUUCCAUCUCCUCUACAAGCAUUUCUUUGCGAUUGCUUACCAGUGUUUACGUGUGAUGAUGUCUAUGAUAAAUUUGUGAAGGCAAAUGGGAAAUCGGAUACAAUUGAUUACCCACCCAUCGCUUCCCAUAUUGACCAUAGAACUCAAGGCCAAUAUUGCCCGAUACCUAUGGGUUACCGAAAAUUUUAUGAGAAAAAUAAGGUAGAUGCUGAUUCAUGGGUUGGUUAUCGCAUAUCGUCAAUUUUGUAUCACUACUCAAAUACUAAGAUUAAAGACUCAUGCCUUUAUCAUCUGGUCAGGUGCAUUAUUGCAUUAACUGGAAACAGUCCUCAUGUUAUAGGUACACUUUGGGGGUACUUUUGUGGUUUUGGUGACGUAUAUGCUGGGAGCAGCGCUCCUGGGGGCAAGAAAGAACUGGAAGAAUCGUUCAAAAAACAAAUCAAUGAAUGGUGCCUAGUAAAGCCAACUACUGGUGAUGGUACCACCUAUGAUAUAGGUAAGGCAGCAACUCUAUGGAAAGGAGGUCAGCAUGAUGCGAAGUCCGCCGGACAAAACGUUGAACACAGCAAAGGUCUUUUAGAUACCAUGGUAUCGUGUAAGGAAACGGCGACUCACACCUCUUGUGGUCUUUAUCUAGACACCUUGGGUGGGUCGAUCUACAAGACUCUGUCAAUCAAAUAUUCCACAGUAUACCUAUCUUGGAUUCUGUAUUUAACUGAGGGAUUCCAUCAAGGUUUGGAACAGUUACAGUCGGAAUUCAAGAACAUCAACUGCUCAAAAGCAGGCUGUGUGAGUCACUCAGGUGCUGGAUCAGGUCAGUGUGGUUUCGGCGGUGAAUGCAAAGAAGGCAAUCAUGGCACAAAGCUGGACAAUGCAAAGGGUAAUUGCACAUGUGAGAGCAUUGUAUGCUGUGCCGGCGUCUUACCCGUGCUUUUCAAAUAUGGUUUUACGUAUGAAAACCCAUUGAAUCUAGCGGGGUUAGCCGUCGAAGAUACUACUCAGUCAGCGAAUAAGAAUACUAAGACCCUACGGAAGUGUGAUCAAUUUGCUACACAGCUUGAAAGUGUAGUAUCAAGUCCAUACUACAUCGCACUCCUCAAAAGCAUCAACGCGUUCUUAUAUUGGCUGCGAUUGCCUUUUCUCACGGUGUCCACCUUGGCAUGGGCCCUUUGUUUGGUUUACCUUCUUUGGGCCGUACUAGUACCCCUAGAUUGGCUUCACUUCAGAUCGCACUUGAUGCUACCAGGAUGCCACUGGCUCGACGGACAGGGACUUUGGUUCAAAAUUAGCAAGGUGGUAGUCAUAAAAGACACUGACUUAGAUUAUUCGCCACUGGGAUCUGUAGAUUUCUUUAGGUGAUAAGACUAAGUAACAUAAUGUAGUCACUUUAUAAUAAACUAGCAUUAUUAUGGCCGUGAUGUGAUGGACGUCAACGUGC